AUGAAACAAGAUAAAAUAAAUGAAAUUAUAAAUUAUUUAAAAUUUAUUGAAGAUAAUAAUUUUGAAAAUACUAAACAUAAAAAUUAUAAAUUUUUACAUGAUGAAAACAGAAAAGAAAAAUUAUUUAGAAUUGAAAAAAAAGUCAUGAAUUGUGGCGGAGAUAGAAAUAUAUCAAAAGAAGUGUGUUUAGAAGUAAUUAAUGAUUAUAGAAUGGUAUCACUCUGGGAAGAAAUGCAUAAAGGUCAUAUAGGAAGAGAUGCAACCUAUGGGAACUACAAGACUAAAUAUUAUAAUAUGGGAUUGUAUUCUUUUGUAUCUGAUGCAGUAGAUACGUGUGACAUUUGCCAACGAAAUAGAAUAAAAGGUAUAACAAAGGAUUUUGCUCCAAUUGUAGAUACCGAGGAAUACUCAAGAUUGGUUUAUGAUUUAACAUCAAUUAAAGGUGAACAUAAAGAAAAAGUUACAUACGAUGAUGAUAAUGAAAAGAUACUAACUAAACUAGAUGAUCUUAUCCAAUAUGACUCUGUACAACCGUACGACACCGAUGUUGUUUACAUUAUUCUAUGCAUAGAUUCUUUUACAAAAUUUGCUACUGGAAGAUGUUUGACAACAAAGAGAACAGUUCCCAUAUACAAUUUUUUGGCUCUCACGUACUUUGGCAAACCUGUGAAAGUAUGGCACUGCGAUAAUGGACGUGAAUUUAAAAACAAAGUCCAAAAAGAAUUCCUAAAACUUUUUCCAGGCUCCAAGUCAGCACAUGGAGCUCCUCGUACACCAACAACUCAAGGUAUGGUAGAAAGAUUGAAUCGAACUAUCAAGGAGAGGAUCUCAAAAUUAAAACAACAAGAUUUUCUUGAUGGUACUUCUAGGUCUCUUUCUGAACUAUUAAAACAAGCUUUGUAUGAUUACAAUAAUACAAAAACAAGAACAAUUAAAAUGAAACCAUCUCAAGCUGUUGGUAUUGUUCCUUUGUUUAUUAAUGUUCAAUCAGAACAAGACUCUCAAUCAAUUGGUGUUUCAGAUGUUUCAAAAGAAGAAAGAACAGCUAUUAUUCUUGAAAAUCUCACAAGUUACCAAAAUCAAUGGAAUUCAAAACCACCAAAGGGAUUGAAAGUUGGUGAUACUGUACUCUUUCUAGAAAUUAAAAAAAAUAAUAAAAUAUUGAUUUUGUGUAAAAUUCAUAAGGUAAUACAGGAAGACACUAAACAACUUUAUAAACUUGAAUUUUUGGAAGAUGGAAUCAAUAGCCUUCAAAAAAAAGGUUUAUACUCUGGUUUUGUAGGAGGUAACAAGUUGGUUCUUUAUAAACAAUCAACAGUUGAUAUUUUUAGAACA